GCAGUCAAUAUUUGAUACUGAGUGAAAACCGGCUCCUCAUUCAACAGCAAUUGAUAAGCAGCUGAAAGGUAGAGGAGAGGAGUGCUCUGACAAAAUUGUCAGCGAUGGCGGAGAAUGGGGGUUGAAUUGAUGUCAUUGCGCCUGAUAAAUGUGAACCAGGAUUCCCAUAAUAGAUUUCUACGAAACAAAAAGGCGACAUUAAUGUGCAAUCAGCUUAGAUUUGCUGGCUGUUUUUCAUGGGAACUGAGUGUUGUGAAGAGAAGAGGAAGCAAGCAAAAACAAGAGCAAGAAAAAUCUCCAUUAAAUGUGAUUUUAAAAGUGCGGAAAAGGGAAAAUAUUUAUCCGAAAGUUCCCACGUGAUAUAAUUUCGGAGCUCAACUUUCCCGGCCUCAAUCGAUCGACCCAUUCCAGCUCGUUAGGAUGCGAGAAAUCCACCAAAAUACGCCCCAAUGAAUGGCCGCAUACUGACCACCCUCAAGCAACGGACGGGGCCUACCGUCCUGGGUGCGGUGGCCAUCACCGGUGGCUGGAAACUCUUCAAUGAGCACUGCUAUUCAUACCAGGCCUGCUCCGGCCCCUCCAUGUACCCGACCAUAAAUUUUCGGGGCGAAUGGCUUCUCGUUUCCAAGCUCCACAAGCACGGGAAAGGGGCUGAAGUUGGGGAUCUUGUCAUGUUCAAGAAUCCUCUUUUUCGAGGGCGGACGGCGACCAAGCGGGUGCUGGGCAUGCCGGGUGACUUUGUGCUGAAGAAUGCGCCGGCAUCCGGGGAUGAUGCGACUGGCGAUGAGGAUGCGGAGAUGAUACGGGUCCCCGAAGGGCAUGUCUGGGUCAUUGGCGAUAAUUUGCCCUGGUCGAGGGACUCGAGAUUUCACGGACCACUCCCGUUGGGGUUGGUGAUGGGUAAAGUCAUUGCAAAGGGGAAAGGCAAUUCCUUUCCUAGGUGGGUACGGAAUACAUUGGAACCUGCCAAGUUUUCGGAUGAUUGAGAUACAAGCACAUGCAUAGAACUGGAGUUUCUUCGGAUUUAUUAGGACAUGCACUCCAACCUGGGGAAUUGAGAUGGCAUUAAGGCUGGCUUUGCUUUUCAUGUUUUGUAUGUAAACAAUAAAAAAACUGAGUGUGCUAUAGAGCUCUAAUAUACAAUAUAUUGUAACAAUUGCUAUAAAACCUAACCGAACAGAUACAAAAAGCAACAAAAGAGGCUAUCUAAAUGAGGCGGGAUUCCUUCUCUUAUAUGGUAGAGGCUCAAUUCUCUUUCUCCGGAACUCAAUCUCUGCACCCGGAAUACCAAACUCGUUCAUUACAGAUUCUGUAUUUUCA